AUGACCGUGCCCUGGCGGCCAGGAAAGCGACGCAUCACUUAUAAGGAAGAGGAGGACUUGACACUCCAGCCCCGUUCCUGCCUCCAGUGCUCCGAGUCCCUAGUAGGCCUCCAGGAGGGCAAAAGCACCAAGCAGGGUAACCACGACCAGCUUAAAGAACUGUAUUCGGCUGGGAACUUGACGGUGCUGGCUACUGACCCCCUGCUCCACCAGGACCCAGUGCAGUUAGACUUUCACUUCCGCCUCACCUCCCAGACCUCUGCCCAUUGGCACGGCCUUCUCUGUGACCAUCGACUCUUCCUGGAUAUCCCGUAUCGGGCCUUGGAUCAAGGCAACCGGGAAAGUUUGACCGCAACCCUGGAGUACGUGGAAGAGAAGACAAAUGUGGACUCUGUGUUUGUGAACUUCCAGAAUGAUCGGAACGACAGAGGUGCCCUGCUGCGGGCCUUCAGCUACAUGGGCUUUGAGGUGGUCAGACCAGGUCACCCUGCCCUCCCUCCCUUGGACAAUGUCAUCUUUAUGGUGUAUCCCCUUGAAAGGGAUGUUGGCCACCUGCCCAGUGAGCCUCCUUGAACAUGAUUAUUCCAACGCUUUGAGGGGCUGGAAGCCUUGACACAUGGAAUCAGGGGCCCGGGAUGUGAUUCAGGACACUUUCCAUCCUAGAAAUAAAGGGUAGUGCAAUCA